GGGGCCACGUGGCUCCUCCUUGCGGGCGGAGGCAGGCGGUGCUGCGGCGCCGGGACCCGACUCAUCCGGUGCUUGCGUGUGGUGGUGAGCGCAGCGCCGAGGAUGGGGAGGUGCAACCGCGGCUCCGGGCCGCCGCCGUCGCUGCUGCAGCUGCUGCUGCUGUGGCUGCUCGCGGUUCCCGGCGCUAACGCGGCCCCGCGCUCGGCGCUCUAUUCGCCUUCCGACCCGCUGACGCUGCUGCAGGCGGACACGGUGCGCGGCGCGGUGCUGGGCUCCCGCAGCGCCUGGGCCGUGGAGUUCUUCGCCUCCUGGUGCGGCCACUGCAUCGCCUUCGCCCCGACGUGGAAGGCGCUGGCCGAAGACGUCAAAGCCUGGAGGCCGGCCCUGUAUCUCGCCGCCCUGGACUGUGCUGAGGAGACCAACAGUGCAGUCUGCAGAGACUUCAACAUCCCUGGCUUCCCGACUGUGAGGUUCUUCAAGGCCUUUACCAAGAACGGCUCGGGAGCAGUAUUUCCAGUGGCUGGUGCUGACGUGCAGACGCUGCGGGAGAGGCUCAUUGACGCCCUGGAGUCCCAUCAUGACACGUGGCCCCCAGCCUGUCCCCCACUGGAGCCUGCCAAGCUGGAGGAAAUUGAUGGAUUCUUUGUGAGAAAUAACAAAGAGUACCUGGCUCUGAUCUUUGAAAAGGGAGGCUCCUACCUGGGUAGAGAGGUGGCUCUGGACCUGUCCCAGCACAAAGGCGUGGCGGUGCGCAGGGUGCUGAACACAGAGGCCAAUGUGGUGAGAAAGUUUGGUGUCACCGACUUCCCCUCUUGCUACCUGCUGUUCCGGAAUGGCUCUGUCUCCCGAGUCCCCGUGCUCAUGGAAUCCAGGUCCUUCUAUACCGCUUACCUGCAGAGACUCUCUGGGCUCACCAGGGAGGCUGCCCAGACCACCGUUGCACCAACCACUGCUAACAAGAUAGCUCCCACUGUUUGGAAAUUUGCAGAUCGCUCCAAGAUCUACAUGGCUGACCUGGAAUCUGCACUGCACUACAUCCUGCGGAUAGAAGUGGGCAGGUUCCCGGUCCUGGAAGGGCAGCGCCUGGUGGCCCUGAAAAAGUUUGUGGCAGUGCUGGCCAAGUAUUUCCCUGGCCGGCCCUUAGUCCAGAACUUCCUGCACUCCGUGAAUGAAUGGCUCAAGAGGCAGAAGAGAAAUAAAAUUCCCUACAGUUUCUUUAAAACUGCCCUGGACAACAGGAAAGAGGGUGCCGUUCUUGCCAAGAAGGUGAACUGGAUUGGCUGCCAGGGGAGUGAGCCGCAUUUCCGGGGCUUUCCCUGCUCCCUGUGGGUCCUCUUCCACUUCUUGACUGUGCAGGCAGCUCGGCAAAAUGUAGACCACUCACAGGAAGCAGCCAAGGCCAAGGAGGUCCUCCCAGCCAUCCGAGGCUACGUGCACUACUUCUUCGGCUGCCGAGACUGCGCUAGCCACUUCGAGCAGAUGGCUGCUGCCUCCAUGCACCGGGUGGGGAGUCCCAACGCCGCUGUCCUCUGGCUCUGGUCUAGCCACAACAGGGUCAAUGCUCGCCUUGCAGGUGCCCCCAGCGAGGACCCCCAGUUCCCCAAGGUGCAGUGGCCACCCCGUGAACUUUGUUCUGCCUGCCACAAUGAACGCCUGGAUGUGCCCGUGUGGGACGUGGAAGCCACCCUCAACUUCCUCAAGGCCCACUUCUCCCCAAGCAACAUCAUCCUGGACUUCCCUGCAGCUGGGUCAGCUGCCCGGAGGGAUGUGCAGAAUGUGGCAGCCGCCCCAGAGCUGGCGAUGGGAGCCCUGGAGCUGGAAAGCCGGAAUUCAACUCUGGACCCUGGGAAGCCUGAGAUGAUGAAGUCCCCCACAAACACCACCCCAGAUGUGCCGGCUGAGGGACCUGAGCUUAUUUGAAGUCCUGCCUCAUUCUCACUGGAGCCUCAGUCUCUCCUGCUUGGUCUUGGCCCUCAAUUGGGGCAAGUGAAGCCAGAGGAGGGUCCCCCAGCUGGGUGGGCUGGAAUGGAACUCCUCACUAGCUGCUGGGGCUCCGCCCACCCUGCUCCCUUCCGGACAAUGAAGAAGCCUUUGCACCCUGGGAGGAAGGACCACCCCGGGCCCUCUAUGCCUGGCCAGCCUCCAGCUCCUCAGACCUCCUGGGUGGGGUUUGGCUUCAGGGUGGGGUUUGGAAGCUUCUGGAAGUCGUGCUGGUCUCCCAGGUGAGGCAAGCCAUGGUUGCUGGGCUGUAGGGUGAGUGGCUUGCUUGGUGGGACCUGACGAGUUGGUGGCAUGGGAAGGAUGUGGGUCUCUAGUGCCUUGCCCUGGCUUAGCUGCAGGAGAAGAUGGCUGCUUUCACUUCCCCCCAUUGAGCUCUGCUCCCUCUGAGCCUGGUCUUUUGUCCUUUUUUAUUUUGGUCUCCAAGAUGAAUGCUCAUCUUUGGAGGGUGCCAGGUAGAAGCUAGGGAGGGGAGUGUCUUCUCUCUCCAGGUUUCACCUUCCAGUGUGCAGAAGUUAGAAGGGUCUGGUGGGGGCAGUGCCUUACACAUGCUUGAUUCCCACGCUACCUCCUGCCUUGGGAGGUGUGUGGAAUAAAUUAUUUUUGUUAAGGCAA